CCGAGGAAGAAGCGACGUGACGUAGUUGCCGUUGAUGUAAAAUGGCGACGGUCGUGUUUUAGUCAAAACACAGCAGAAUACCCUCAAAAAAGUACAUCGUUUAAAGAAAAACGACAUUUUCUCCGGAGGAAGUAUCAACGCCGUUCUGGUUGACGCAACCUGUAAAGGUUCAGUCAUGACCGAGCAGCCCAAUGCUACCGAGCAGCCCAACGCUGCCUCGGAGGGCAUCGUGGGCCUGGAUGAGCCCAAGAAGAUGACCCGGGAGGACUGGAGGAAGAAGAAGGAGCUGGAGGAGCAGAGGAAAUUGGGAAACGCUCCAGCUGAGGUGGACGAGGAGGGAAAGGACAUUAACCCUCACAUCCCACAGUAUAUUUCUUCAGUUCCAUGGUAUAUUGACCCAUCUAAAAGGCCCACACUAAAGCAUCAGAGACCUCAGUCUGAGUGUCAGAAGCAGUUUGCAGCCAUUGGAGAUUGGUACAAGAGAGGAGUGCAAGAGAACGCAGUUACAACCAAGUUCCGUAAGGGAGCCUGUGAAAACUGUGGUGCCAUGACACACAAGAAAAAAGAUUGUUUAGAGCGACCCAGAAAAGUUGGGGCAAAGUUCACAGGGACAGGCAUCGCUCCAGAUGAACACGCUCAGGUCCAGCUGGACAUGGAUUACGAUGGAAAGCGUGAUCGCUGGAACGGCUACGAUCCCGAGGAGCACCAGCGCAUUGUAGAGGAGUACGCCAAAGUCGACUUGGCCAAAAGAACAUUGAAAGCACAAAAACUUCAGGAUGAGCUGGCCUCUGGAAAACUAGACCAAACUGAGCGGGAACACAACAGUGAAGAUGAGGAUGAAGACAAAUAUGCAGAUGACAUCGACAUGCCUGGUCAGAACUUUGACUCCAAAAGGCGAAUCACAGUCAGAAAUCUGCGUAUCAGAGAAGACACGGCUAAAUAUUUGAGGAAUCUGGAUCCAAAUUCAGCGUACUACGAUCCCAAGACUCGAGCUAUGAGAGAGAACCCGUACUCCAACACUGGCAUGAACCCUGAUGAAGUGGGGUACGCUGGAGACAACUUUGCUCGCUACAGUGGGGCCACGAUCACCAUGGCUCAAACACAGUUGUUCGCCUGGGAGGCUUAUGAGAGAGGCUCAGAGGUCCAUCUGCAGGCUGACCCCACCAAGCUGGAGCUGCUCCACCGGUCCUUCAAGGUCAAGAAGGAGGACUUCAAAGAACAGCAGAGGGAGAGCAUCCUAGAAAAGUAUGGAGGCCAGGAGCACUUGGAUGCACCACCACGUGAGCUGCUGCUGGCCCAGACCGAGGACUACGUGGAGUACUCUCGCCACGGCGCGGUGCUGAAAGGACUCGAGAAGGCUGUCGCUCGCUCCAAGUAUGAGGAAGAUGUGCUCAUCAACAACCACACCUGUAUUUGGGGUUCCUACUGGAAGGACGGCUUCUGGGGAUACAAGUGUUGUCACUCCAUGGUCAAACAGAGUUACUGCACAGGAUCCACUGGAAUAGGAAUAAACAACACAGACUGUGAUCCAUUUGAAGAAGGAUUAACUGAGCCACAGGAGGAGGAACAGCCAAAGUCUCUGCUGGAAAUGCAUAGAGAUAAGAUGGUAAAAGAGAAGAAGAAGAAAAAGAAGAACAAAAAGAACAAGAAGCACGUCUCUGACGACAGUGACUCAGACGAUGACGAGAAGAAGAAGGAGAAGCUGAGAAAGGCUCUGGAAGCCGAGGACAAGCGGGUGAAGCACAUAGAUGCAAUAAUGCAGCUGGAUGAAAGGAAGAGGCCGUACAGCAGCCUGCAUGAAGUGAAGGCGCCCACAGAGGAGGAGAUGGAGGCCUUCCGCAUGAAGCGCGCACGACCAGAUGAUCCCAUGGCUUCCUUCUUAGGACAGUGACCUCUUCCAAAUACCUGCUGACUCUUCAAAACCAUCCCCAAGGGUUUUAUCAGAGCACCUGCUCUGCAAAAUCUAUCAUCUCUGACUCGUGAAGCUCUAGUCCUUUACUCUUCAGCAGUGCUACGUUACAAAUGGUAGUAAGACUCUGUACAGUAUUUUGUAAAUGUCAUUGUCACACUUGCAGGUCGAUAGACGUCAGGACAAAACUGAAGUGUCAGUUGUUUAGUUUCUGUACUGCAGAGAAAAACUCAAAAGCAUUUUAAUUUUAUUUUAAAUGCAUUUCAGUCAGAUUAAAAAGUCACUGUCACUCUUCUCAUUAAGUUGAGGAACAUAAUUCCACUUUCUAGGAUUAAUGCUUUUUUACAAUAAAAUAUUUCUGAAUUGCU